AGCUCAGGCAGUCCUCUCACCUCCACCUCCCAAGGUGCUGGGAUUUGCAGGCAUGAGCCACCACAUCCAACCUCAACAGUCUUUCGAAGUUGCUGAUUGUUGGAGGUUCUUUUGGGCUUCGUGAAUUUACACAAAUCCGAUAUGAUGCUGUGAAGAUUAAAAUUGAUCCUGAAUUGGAAAAAAAACUGAAAGCAAAUAAAGUAUCUUUAGAGUCAGAAUAUGAGUGCACCCUGAUGUCCUAAUUUUCACUCACACAUGAUGAAGAAAAGAGAUCAGAGAAAGUAUUAACUUGCAUAAGUUAUCACCUAUUCAGGUGGAAUCUCGGCCAGAGCCCAUAAGUAUGAAAGUACUCUAGUGUGGUCCAUGUGUAAGAAGCAACCGUUGAGAUGACUGCCAGCCGGGUUGCAGAGAGUCUUUUGGCUUUGAGCCAACAGGAAGAACUGGUGGAUUUGCCAAAAAACCACCCCUUGAGUGUCAGUGAAGAUGAGGAGGACAGUGAUAGAGAGAGAAAGCAUCAAAAGCUUCUGGAAGCAAUCAGUUCCCUUGAUGGAAAGAAUAGGCGCAAAGUGGCUGAGAGAUCUGAGGCCGGUCUGAAGGUGUCAGAGUUCAAUGUCAGUUCUGAAGGAUCAGGAGAAAAGCUGGUCCUUGCAGAUCUGCUGGAACCUGCUAAAACUUCAUCCUCACCCUCAUUGGCCACUGUGAAAAAGCAACUGAACAGAGUCAAAUCAAAGAAGACUGUGAGGUUACCCCUUCACAAAGAAGAAGUUGAACGGAUCCUCAGAGAAUUAGCAUUCAAUAAGACCUCGCAAGUCCUUUCCAAAUGGGAUCCUAUUGUCCUGAAGAACCGGCAAGCAAACCAGUUGGUUUUUCCCCUAGAAAAGGAGCAAUCAGCCUUUGCUCCCAUUGAACAUGUACUCAGCGGCUGGACGGCAAGAACUCUGCUGGAGCAGAAAGUUUUUAACCUCCUCCAUAAAAAUAAGCAGCCAGUGACAGACCAUUUUCUGACUCCAAUGGAAAAGGCCUCUCUCAAAGCCAUGAGUCUAGAAGAGGCAAAGAUGCACCAAGCAGAGCUUCAGAGGGCCCGGGCUUUGCAGUCCUACUACGAGGCCAGGGCUCAAAGAGAAAAGAAAAUCAAAAGCAAAAAGUAUCACAAAAUUGUGAAGAAAGAAAAGGCCAAGAAAGCCCUAAAAGCUUUUGAGCAGCUGGGGAAGGUCAACCCAACUGUGGCAUUGGAAAAACUUGAAAAGGCCAGAAUAAUGGAGCGAAUGAGCCUGAAGCACCAGAACAGUGGGAAAUGGGCCAAGUCAAAGGUAAUUAUGGCCAAAUAUGACCUGGAGGCUCACCAGGCUAUGCAGGAACAAUUGUCUAAGAACAAAGAAUUGAUGCAGAAACUCCAGAUAGCUUUGGAGAGUGAGGAAGAAGAGAGAGGCCCAGAAGAAGUGGAGGAACUCCUUAUCCCUGGUGUGGUGAAUAAAGUUCAGAUGAAUGCAGAUGGACCAAAUCCCUGGAUGCUCAGUAGUUGCACCCAGGAUUCAAGGGAGGCCGAGACCCAUGAGGACCUUGAGGAACUGCCAGAGCCUGUGGCCCACGAGGUUUCUGAAAGUGAGGUAGAUGAAGGACCAGUGGCAGAGGAGGAAAUUUUGUUGAAAGAAUUUGAGGAAUGGCGAUCCCUUAGAAGAAGGUCUGAGCUCAGCCAAGAUGCUGAACUAGUGGGCAGUCAAGAAACAAAGGAGUCUAGCAGCCAGGAGAAGCUCUCCGAAUUGAGGGCACCGUCUCAGAGAUUUAAGGAAAACCAUCAAUCCUGGAAGCCAAAAGCAAGUCCAACAGGGACUGUUCCUCAGGCUCACAGAGAGGAACCUUCCCUGGAAGAAGAGGAACCCCUGUUGCUGCAGAGACCAAAGAGAGUACAGACCCUGGAAGAGCUAGAAGAGCUAGAGAAAGAAGAAUGUUCUCAAAGUCAGGAGUUUUUCAGACCUGGGUUAGAAGGGCAGCAGUUGGAGAGGAACCCAAAUAAUCUGUCUAAUGCCCCUAAGGAGAAGAAAAAGAAGGAGCAAAUGCUUGACCUGCAGAACCUCCUAACCACAAAAUCCCCUUCUGUGAGGUCUCUGGCAGUUCCCACAACUCUAAAGGAGGUGGACGAUGAAGAGGAGAGAGACCAAAAGCAGAUGAUAAAGGAAGCUUUUGCUGGAGAUGAUGUCAUCAAAGACUUUUUGAAAGAGAAGAGGGACACUAUAGAGGCAAGUAAAUCAAAAGACAUGGACCUGACGCUACCUGGCUGGGGCAAAUGGGGUGGUAUGGGCCUGAAGCCCAGUGCCAAGAAAAGACGACAUUUUCUCAUUAAAGCCCCAGGUCCUCCAAGAAAAGACAAGAAUUUUCCAAAUGUGAUUAUCAAUGAGAAGCGUAACAUCCACGCAGCGGCCCAUCAGGUACAGGUGCUUCCAUAUCCAUUCACCCAUCAUUCACAAUUUGAAAGGACCGUCCAGACCCCUAUAGGAUCUACGUGGAACACCCAGAGGGCCUUCCAAAAGCUGACUACGCCCAAGGUUGUCACCAAGCCAGGCCAUAUCAUUAAGCCCAUAAAAGCAGAGGAUGUGGGCUACUGGUCUUCCUCAAGGUCAGACCUCUCUGUCAUGCAGAGGUAUCCAAAACAACUCUCCAUGAGUCACAAAAAACAACUGAAGAAGAACUCUGUGGAUUGAGGGGACUGGAAGAGUGAUAUCUUGAUGCCCGGGAUUGGGAGCUGUAAUUGCUCCUUCUUUGGCCCAGUUUUACUCUGCUACAGGAUGGAUUCCAAAGCAGGCUUAGCCAUACUGGGUGUAGUUAAGCCACAUUUUAAAAAUAAAGGUAUUUUUAUCUAUCUAGAAAAAA